AUGCCAGGAGACUUGGGAAAAGCAACGGGACAACGCGGCACCGCCAAUCGGAGGCAGGGACAUGCACGGCACCGCCAGACCGUCUGCGCGCGGCAACAGACCACGAGGAACGAGCAGCACAGAACCUGCAGAGGGGCCCCGCGGAGGGGCCCCGCGGAUCAGCUCGCAGAGGAGGAGAGCAGUGGAGACACGCGAACCACAGCAGGUGCAGGGACGUGGAAGAGGAGCAGACCACGAGCAGCCAGACUGAGGACAGCCGGGCCACGCGCACGAGCAACACGUGAGCAGAAGCGACCCCUCCAGAACAACGCAUGCAUUUGCGAACAGGUGCGUUAG